AUGUCCGUGAAGCAUGAGCAAUUGGCCUUGAGAAGCAUCGAUGACUCAGCACUGCCUUUUGACGAGCGGGUUGCACUCAAAUUAGCUUGGGUGGACCAGCCGUCAGGCACGAUGGGGAUUCAGUUCCAGAGCGUGUUGCAGCCUCCUGAGUAUCUUCCAUGCAUGAACAACGUGUCUUCCUGGAGCCAUACUUGUCUCUCAGCUGGCACAGGUGGUCUAGCCGAGUCUAGCCGUGAGGAACGUUGCGGCCUUCUUCCCCAUUCACGCUGGCAAACUCAGCCACGUCUUCACCUUCACAAGUUCGAGACUCAUGAUGUGUCAAAUGCGAGCUCUCGAUCCUUUGCCUGUCUUGAGCGCCAGAUGCUCGGACCACAAGACACGCCACUUGGGCUGUUUCGGCUCUCAUGGCUGGUUUUUGUUCCAAUAUCCUUUGCUUGGUACGCUUGCUAUCCAAAUUUCGCUUUCACAGCAACAAACUGGUGCACUCUGUAUUGCCUCUGUGGCUGGGGCUACUGUGAUAACUGCGUCCCGUGCCCUUGCUGCUAUUGCUUUCCGUGGUCCUUCUGGGCCAUAGGAAGUUUUGUCUUGAUGGCGUUGUUGACUUUUGGCAUUGCACUCAUCGACCUGGUUUGGUAUCUUGUCAACGGAAUAGCUGCGGUCUGCUUGCUGCCAUUGAUGCCCAUGCUUGAGCAAAACCACUGGCACAACAUGGACCGAGCCAUCCUAUUCUGCGUUGAUGAUGUUGCCUUCACCUUCGCGGCCACACCGUUCUAUCUUAGUUACAUUCUCUACAACAUCUACGAGCUCACCGUAAACUGGAAGGGUUGGAGGGAUGCCAAAGAAGAGCAACGCAUCCUCUUCGGGAUCUUCCGCCCAAGCGUGGGCAGAGCAUGGACCUAUACUCAAGCAGUCGAUGCCUUCACAGACCUGGCAGCACUGCUCGGCUACUGCUUGCACUAUCCUGCAUGGUUUUCCAGCCUCUGGGCAGUGACGACUUUCAACUCCUGGGCCAUCAUGCUGGGCGUUGCCAAAGAAAAGGUCAGCUACCCAAGCGGGCUGUUGGCAUCGCUGUUAGCUGAAGACAUAUUCCAGGGUUUGGUUCUCUCAUUCUGUUUGGCAUUCGGCGUUUUGAAGAAGGACGUGAAAUGGACGUCCUUCUUCAAUUCGCCGAACUCAUUCAGAAUGAGUUCAUGGUCUAUUCAGCAGCAUUAUCCGUGCUAA